AUGGGAUUGCAAAGAAGCAACUCCGUCGUAUCUCCCAAUACUGCCGUUCCUAUCCCCACAGUAAGUUUGCGCAUAUCUACGUUUUAAACGUAUUUAAAACUUUGACAAAUCUUGUAGCCAUCCACAAUAUUAUAUUGUAUUUUUAAGUUGCUUCGAUCUCGCUCAGUAAACAAUGUGGCCAAUGUAAAUACAUCAUACAGUAACUAUCUCUGGACUAGGUCUCCAACUAUCUCCAACAACUACCUUCUCAACAGUCACGCCUUGGUAUGUUCACAAGAUAUAAUGCUUUAUCAUCAUUUUUUAAAAUUUAUAUUACCUGAAUUAACUGAACUGUAAAGUUACAGUAAGCAUACAAUAAAAUAAGCUAACAAAGUUUUGACUUAAACCCCAAACUUCAGUUCGACGAUUACUGGUAUUCCAAGUACAGAUAUUACACACCAUACACGACCAGCUUCUACAACAACUACUUCUACCCAUAUUACCAUGGCAGCUACAGGUAACAAUAAUCUUUAAACUGCUUGAUCACCGUGUCAUUCUUCUUCCUUCAAACUAAUAUAUCUUUAGAUACGAGAUCAGUUACCCCAUCUACCGUCGAGUCUUUAAUACCCGCCACUACCCAUUCUACAGACCUCUCUACUACCGACCAAACAGAGCUUACGAUCGUAUGUUGUUUAGAAAAUACAGUAUCAACAACUUCUAAUUUUAACGUUUAUUACUUUGACAUAGAGCAUUUACUACAACAUAACUUUUCAUACUGUAAUAUGUUAUAGUUUACAGUAUGUCGGGUAUGCUAAUCUGGGUGAUCUUUUCAGUGUUAUACUACUAG